CAUUCAGAAACACUGAGAGGCAAAAUGGCGCAGCAAGAAAAUCCGCUGGACCAAGAUAAAUUCAGCUGUUCGAUCUGUCUGGAGCUACUGAAGGAACCGGUGACUAUUCCUUGUGGACACAACUACUGCAUGAAGUGUAUUCAAUGCCACUGGGAUGAGAUGCUAAUCUACAGCUGCCCUGUGUGUAGACAGGACUUUAUGCCAAGGCCUGUCCUGGCGAAAAACACCAUGCUAGCAGAUUUAGUGGAGGAGCUGAAGAAGACUGGACUCCAAGCUGCUCCUGCUGAUCACUGCUAUGCUGGACCUGAAGAUGUGGGAUGUGAUUUCUGCACUGGGAGAAAACUGAGAGCCUUGAAGUCCUGUCUGCAGUGUGUGGCCUCCUACUGUGAGAAACACCUCCAGCCUCACUAUGAAUCAGCUCCAUUCAAGAAACACAAGCUGGUGGAGCCCUCCAAGAAGCUCCAGGAGAACAUGUGCUCACAUCACGACGAGGUGAUGAAGAUGUUCUGCCGCACUGAUCAGCAGUGUAUCUGUUUAAUCUGCACUAUGGAGGAACAUAAAGGCCACAACACAGUGUCAGCUGCAGCAGAGAGGACUGAGAGGCAGAAAGUGCUCGAUGAGGGUCGAAUAAACAUCCUGCAGGGAAUCCAGGACAGACAGAAAGAUGUGAAGCUGCUUAAACAGGAAGCUGAGGCCAUCGAUCGCUCUGCUGAUAAAGCAGUGGAUGACAGUGAGAAGAUGUUCACUGAGCUGAUCCGUCUCCUGGAGGAAAGAAGCUCUGAUGUGAAGCAGCAGGUCAGAUCCAAGCAGAAGAGUGAAGUGAGUCGAGUCAAAGAGCUUCAGGAGAAGCUGGAGCAGGAGAUCUCUGAGCUGAAGAGGAGAGAAUCCGAGCUGCAGAAGUUCUCAUCCACAGAGGAUCACACCCAGUUCCUGCACAGCUACCCCUCUCUGUCAGCCCUCAGUGUAUCUAAACACUUAUCCAGCAUCAAAAUCCGUCCUCUGAGAUACUUUGAGGACGUGACAGUGGCCGUGUCGAUCAGAGAUAAACUGCAGGACAUCCUGAAGAAGACAUGGACAAACAUCUCACUGAUGGUGAGUGAAGUGAACGUUUUACUGCCACCACCAGAGCCAAAAACCAGAGCUGGAUUCCUAAAAUAUUCACAUGACAUUACACUGGAUCCAAGCACAGCAAACAUACGGCUGGUAUUAUCUGAGGGAGACAAAAAAGCAACAUUCUUGAGGAUUUCCCCGUUGGUGUUGUUGCGGGUUUUUUACAGUUACCCAGGCAGAUUCAAUGUAGGGCCUCAGGUCCUGAGCAAAGAGAGUCUGACUGGACGUUGUUACUGGGAAGUGGAGUGGAGUGGGAGGGGAGUUUGGGUUGCGCUUGCAUACAAGAACAUCAGCGGAACAGGAAGUUUGGAUGAACGUUUGUUUGACAGGUCUUGGGCAUUAUAUUGUGACAAUGACGGUUUUACCUUUUGGUACAACAACAUCAAAACUCCCGUCUCAGGUCCUCAGUCCUCCAGAGUAGGGGUGUACCUGGAUCACGAUGCAGGUAUUCUGUCCUUCUACAGCAUCUCUAAAACCAUGACUCUCCUCCACAGAGUCCAGACCACAUUCACUCAGCCGCUCCAUGCUGUACUUUGGUUUAAUAAUUGUCUUCCUGCCACUGCUGAGAUCUGCACCCUCAAGUAGACAAGGGUCAUUUAAGUCCAGCUCAGUCAGUUGCAAUUAUGUUCAGUCAGUUAACUUUGGGGUAAAUUUACUACUGAAGUACAAAAGUUAUUGGACAAAAAAAAGAUGGCGAACAGUUGUUUCCUUGGUGAAAGUCUUGUGUUUGGUGUUCCUGCAAGAAUGAAACUAUGCUGAUUUUAGAGCAUAUUUUUGGCUCAGAAACUGUUGGUGACAGCAGGUUUAACACGAGAUGUACCUUUAUUAAUCUCUGUGGAGAAAUGUGAGUGUUUAUGCAGCAACAGAAGAGAGGAAAAACAGUACAGGUUCACACAGGGAUAUGAAACACAAAUUAGAAAUUUAAAAUUCUAAAGAAUAAAAAAUAUAUUCAGAUAAGUAACGAGAGAAUUGUUAAAAAUAUACACAUGUACAGUAUGUGUUCAGAGACAGAGUGCAGGUCAAAGUUAUUGUGCAAGAGUGCAGGCUUUAUGUGCAGUCCGGGUUACUGUCAGUGAGUCACAUGGUUAACCCCUUGGUGUGCAGCCUGAUGGCUACAGGCACAAAGGAGUUUCCCAGGCGCGUAGUGCUGUGCCGAGGUGGGAUGAGUCUGUGGCUGAACGUACUCCUCAUCUUCACUAGCUCUGCAUGGAUGGGUGGGUUAUCCAGGAUACUGUCCAGUUUCCUCGUCAUCCUUCCUUCAGCCACCUUUUCCAGAUUGUCCAGUUUAACUCCAACAACAGAGCUAGCUUUCCUCAGGAGUUUGUUCAGCCUGUCAGCAUCCCUUUAGUUGGUGUCCCCCCCAGCACACCACGGCAAAGAAGAGCACACUGGCCCCCACAGACUGGUAGAACGUCUGCAGCAGCCUCUUGCACACGUUGAAGGACCUGAGCCUCCUCAGCAGGUAAUUCUGUUACCUUUAGAAUUUAUUUAGACUGCGUGUUGGAUUCUGACAGCUAAUAGUUGUGGCAUUUCUUCCACUGUCAAUCAACGCAUUGAAACGCCUCUAUUUGACUGCUUUGUUUACUUAGGUAACGUAAUGACAUUUGGGAACAUUAAAGCAUGAAGCAAGCAGAAAUCUAUUAUCACAUUUAUGCUUUGUUAUUUUGGGAUAUUAUACAGCUGUAAUUAUCCUGAUCAUAAUCAAUAGGAGAUGAUUCAUUAUUUGGGAUUCUGAUCAAACAAAGGGAUGUGUGGAUUAAAUGAUUGAACCAUUCAUUUCAUAGACUUACUUAUGGGAUGUGUGAACAAACUGCAGCAUGAUGAAUAAGAAAGAUAAGAUAGACCUUUAUUGAUCCCUGUAGGGAAAUGCAUGUGUUACAUCAGCAACAGACUAAGAGAAACAUAUGAGACACACAAGGAUUAAAAUAAAAAGAAUGUACAUAUUUACAGAUAUGUGAUCAAGGUUUAAUAUAUACAUUUAAAUGUGCAGGUAAAUUAACAAAGCAUUUUUCUUCUUGUCUUCGUUUAAGGUAUCAUUUGAAGCUAAUGUGAGGGUUAAACUGAGGCACUUCCUCCUGAAACACCAUCAGUGUUCAUGCGAAGAACUUUUUUUUUUCUGUCCUGCUGGAUAUCUUACAUGUCAAUAUGUUUAAUCCCAAUGUGUAUGAAAUAAUAAUCUGAAUUUGUAAAGUUACUAAAGCUGUCUUAUAAAUGAAAUGAAUGAAAAGACGACAUUUGAGUUUCUAAUUUUAAUAUUGCAGUUGCUGUUUUGAUUAAAGUUUAAAAUAAAGUGCUCAAAAACUGUUGAAAAGGCA